CGACGCAGUAAGAUUUGUUUACUUCGUUUUAAAUAUUUAUCAUGUGAAUUGGGAAAACCAAGUUUCGGUUUAAUGUAUGGUUUGAUAAAGUAUUUAUUAUUUCAUUUGUAAUCUACACUAGAUUAUCGGAAUAUAGUACCCGCGAUACCGUAACCACAGAUUCAAUAGCGCCUACAGAGUGGACAACGUUAACAAUGUUGGAAAAUGAGACUAAAAUGGGAAGUGAAGACUUAAAGGAAGGUACAAGUGUAGACGCUGAAGAUGAAGAAACAAAGACAUUAGGACUAAAAUACAAAUACGCUGAAGGGCAAUGGAGUCCCUUGAAUCCCGAGGGAAAGAAGCACUAUAACAGAGAAUUCUUGCUACAGUUCCAACAUGAUAACAUUGCCAUUCAAAAGCCGUCAGCACUUCCAGACAUUCCAGAAAUAAGGCUUGACAACGGACUUCCAGACAACGACAAGGUACGAGAAAACAUCGCUUGACUGGAUAAAAUAAACAAUAUGAUUAGCCGUUGAUAUAAAACUUCGAUGUAAAUCAAAGCCCCAGGAAAAGGAUGGAGAGAUGGCUAGAGGAAUUGCUGGUGGUCAAGAGUUUAUUGAUUUCACACCAAAAUAUGUAUGGGGCAGAGCUGACAAAAAGCAAAACUUAAAGGCGAGCCCGGGUAGUAGUGAUGGCAGAUUCUCAGGUUGGAGUAGAAAUAGUGGAAACACUGGAGAAGCCGUGGAAGAGGAGGAAAAACCAAACACUCGAGUUAACAGAGUUAUUGGUGUAAGCCAAUCUACCGAGUGUGGUCACACAAAGGGAAGUAGUGAACGGGCUAUACCAGAGUCUCAACCAGCACCUACAGAGUUCACAGUUCUGUCUGAAACAGAUAUGGAGAAGAGAACCAAAGCUAUCAUUGAUAAAUACUUUGCUGAUCCAAAUAUGAAGGUAGUGAUUCUGUGUGUUCAGGAGUUAUCUACCCAGAACCAUCAUCAUUUUGUAUACAAUGCCAUCAAUCACGUCCUCAUGAGAUCUUCACAAGCAAGAAAACAGACUGGCCAUAUACUGCAUGAUCUAGUCAAACAAUCAGUUAUAUCUCUUAAUAAUUAUUUAAGAGGUUUGGUGGAAGUAUUGGAAUUUGCAGAAGAUUUAAAGAUACGCAUUCCUAAGAUCAGACAGUAUUGUGGAGAAUUGAUAAGCCCAAUGGCCCAAGAUAACAGUAUUUAUAGUUUAAUUAAACAAGCCGCCGCCAAGCUCAUUUUACACAACAAGAAUGGAGUUCUCGCAGUUAAACUUUUUUAUGCCAGCCAAAAAGAGGUAUUGUACAAGAAGACACGAAGUAUAUUGAACAAGUUGACUCCACAGAAGUUCCAAACACUUGUCUCCCAGAUGCAGGCAUUGCCUAUAGACUCUGAAAAAAAAUUGAAGGGUGUCAUUAAUCUAAUCUUUGAAAAGGCGAUCAGUGAACCUAGUUACUGUGUAGCAUAUGCCAAUAUGUGUAGAUGUUUGUCAAUGUUCAAAGUUCAGUCGGACUCUAAACCAGGAGAAAUGGUGAAUUUUCGAGCUGUGUUAUUGACAAAAUGUCAGAGGGAAUUUGAGAAGGAUAAUUCAUCAGAAGCCCUGUUUGUAACUAAAAGGGAAGAAAUAGAAAAGGCUGAGGAUGACGCACAGAAAGAAAAGUUGAAAAAGGAAUUAAAGUAUGAGGAAUCUAAAGCUAAACAAAGAUCAUUAGGAAAUAUUAGGUUUAUAGGAGAGUUAUUCAAAUUGAAAAUAUUGACCGAAAAUAUUAUGCAUGAUUGUGUGUUCAAAUUAUUACGCACCAAAGAUCCUGACAACCUCGAGUGUCUUUGUCAACUACUCACAACUAUAGGAAAAGAAUUAGAUGUAGAUAAAGCAAAGCCAAGAAUGGAUCAGUAUUUUCAACAAAUGGGCAAAAUUGUCAGUGAGAAGAAAAUUCCAAUAAAAGUGCGAUUUAUAUUGCAGGAUGUCAUGGAUUUAAGAACAAACAAAUGGAUUCCUCGUCGUGUUGAUAACAACCCAAAGACAAUAGACCAGAUACACAAGGAGGUUGCUCAGGAAGCCCAAGAAAAAGCUUUACUUUCUCAACAAAAUCAAAUGCAGCAGCGGGCUCAGAGAGAUGGGCGAAGAGGUGGACUUCUCGGCCAGAUUGGUGAUACUGAUAGUUGGAACACAGUUUGUGUAAACAGAACUCCGCUCAAAUCUGUAGAUAGAUCAAUAGACCCAACCACAAAGAAAUUAACAAAACUGGGGUCUUGUGAAAAUGCUGGCAGAUUCUCAGGUUUGGGACGGGGUAACACUUGGGGAACCACAAGUAGACCCCCACAAGAAAAGGAACAACCAAGCACUCUAGCGAACAGAGCAAUUGGUGUAAAUCAGUCUGCCAAUGGCGGUCACAGGGUGGGAAACUACGGGCGUUCUGAACCGGAGCCUCAACCGUCACAGGUUCAACCAGCAUUUACAGAGCUAAAGGUCCUUUCUGAAAAAGAUAUGGAGAGGAAAACCAAAGCUAUCCUUGAUGAAUAUUUUGCUAUUCAAGACAAGAUGAAAGUCAUUCUGCAUGUUCAGGAGAUAUCUACCCAGAACCAUUACCAUUUUGUAUACAAUGCCAUCAAUCAUGUCCUCAAGAGAUCUUCACAAGCAAGAACACAGACUGGCCAUAUACUGCAUGAUCUAGUCAAACAAUCAAUUAUAUCUCUUGGUAAUUAUAUAAAAGGGUUUGUAGAAGUGUUGGAAUUUGCAGAAAAUUUGGAAAAAGACAUUCCUAAGAUCUGGCAGUAUUACGGAGAAAUGAUCAGCCAUAUGAUUCAAGCGGAUAGUGUUAGUUUAAGCUUCCUCAAACAAGUUGCUGCCCCGCUCAUUGCAAACAACAAGGCUGGUGUUCUUCUCGCAGAAAUCCUUCAAGAUGCUAGUCACAGAGUGGGUCAUAAGAAGGUUGCAGGUCUGUGGACGAGCUCUGGGUUACACUGGUCAGAUUUUGUGCCUAAAACGCAAGUUGAACAGUUUUUGAGAGAUAAGGGACUAGAGUACACAGAUGAAGGUAAUAGUGCGCCUACCACCCCCACAACCGGGCUUUCAUUGAAAAUUGAUGUAAAAUUGCACGAGCUCAUUGUGGAGGACAAGGCUGAUAAUGAGGUCGUAUUAGAUUGGAUAGAAAACAAUGUGGACGAUUCUACAACAAGAUCAGCUGAAUUUAUUCGUGCUCUAAUGAGUGCUGUGUGUCUUACUGCAAUUACUGGAAUGAAAGGUAAAGAGAGACUAGAACCAAAAGAGAUAAGUGCCAGGAAUGAUUUAUUACAGAAAUACGUCGAUCACCAAGCUGACUCGGAGCUUCAAGCUCUUUAUGCAGUACAGGCAUUGAUUGCCAAACUUGAACAUCCUCAAGGUGUACUACGAGGAAUGUUUGACACACUAUAUGAUGAGGACAUUAUUUCAGAAGAUGCAUUUUUUCAGUGGGAGAAGUCAGAGAAGGAACCAGAAGGAAAACGUGUGUGUCUAAAACAAUCUAUCCAGUUCUUCACAUGGUUACGAGAGGCCGAGGAAGACAGCUGAAAAUAGCAGGGUUCUAUGUUAUAAGACAUGCCUUUAACUAUCUCAUCAUUUAACUGUGAAUACUGAAAAAAAAGUUUGAAAAGACUUGCCUAUUCUACAAUCAACUGUGGUUGUUUGAAAGUAUUCUGAUAUAAACUGUAUAAAUAUAGUACAAAAGUAGAUUUACAUAUUUGACAAAUAAACUUUGUUCAUUAGAGUUAGUGAAAAUAUUUCCGUGUCUUGUGGAAAUGUGGGUGUAAUUAGUAUUGGCGUAGAUGGAUGUUGGCUCCAAAUGGAUUGUUCAGAGCAGAUCUUUCGAUAAUACAUGAACUGGAAAAGUUUUGCAAAGUGAAGUUCAUAAUCAGGACGGGUAACCCGGGCUUGUGCGGAAUCUUGCAACUCAUUCUAGUUCAUAAUCAUUUUUAUCAUCUGUUUGAAUUGAAUAUAUGCGGUGUUUAUUUAAUUAUAAUUGUGUUGAUAAAUUUGCCGCGAAAUCGUAUUAUAUAGACUGGAGAAGUAAAUGUUCCCGUAAAUUUAAACUGGGAAUAUGACCGUACACUAGUUAUGGUACCUAUAUUACAUCAUUUCUACGUGCUCAUAUGAUAAAAGCUACCAAGAUUGCAUAGCUAAUGAGAAGUUGCGGAGCAUAUUGUGAAAGACAAAAUUAAUGUUCAUGAUGUUUGUUUUACAUCAGAUUUUACUAUAUACUAAAAACAUUUAUCUUUGAAUAAGGAAUAAUGAAGAAGAAAUGGACAGAAAUGGAUUAUAAAUGUAACACAGAAGAUUAAGAUUUCCUUAACUUUGAACAAAAAGCUAAUCGUCGUUACUUUGAACUGAUUUGCAUUUGCAGAGAACAUGCAUGCUACUAGUGUUUUACAUGUGCUUCUGAAACAAAGAGUUGCUAAUAUAAUGACAAACAGUGAUUUGAUAAGCACAAGUUGUUAUCUCUGUGGAAAUGAUGUUUAUGCAGUCUUCUUAAACAAGGGGGAUAUGUGCUUGCUGUUUGAAUUUGAAAAUCUAGGGGAAAAAUUGCCCGAAGUUUGGCUUAAUUGCCGGUUGUUUAUUUUACCAACGUCAUAAGAUCUACGAAGUAAUUUAUAUUUUCAUUCAUAAAAUCACUGGUCAUAUUUUCAUCUUUCAAUUCUAUUCUGAAAAGAAAAAACAUAUAAUAUUAGGUUGUGGAAAUUUCAUUAGGGGACUAUGAUCAGAUAAUGUCCCAGUUUGACAAAUUAUAUGUCUCCGAAUUGAAUUUUUCUUGGACAAAUUUUAAAAUGUACGGGUUCUAUGUCAAUUGUAUUAUCCCAUGUUACAUGAAAACAUCUAGCACUAGUGGUUUUUCACUAUCAUAUUCGAGCAUUGUAGAUGUCCACUUUUUGGGUGUAAAUGUUUUCUAUGAAAUGCUUAGCUUGAGUGUAGUUAUAGGUUAGACUUUUCCAAUUGAGAAUUUUGGUCGGCGUAAAUUGAUUUAUCUCCUUGAUUUGAACAGGUGUUUGAUCUCUGAUCUGUUUGGCAUGGGACCAUUAUUUUUUGUUACCUUAUUUUUUUGCAUAAUGAAUGGAUGAAUGCAUAUAUAUAGAGGGAGAGAAAGAGUAGCAUUUAUUCACUUUGGCACUGAUGUAAGGAAAAUUAUAUGCCCCAGUUGAAUUGAUAACAUAAUUAAUUUUCAAUCAAAGAAAUGUCACAGUUUGAAAUUCUUUUGUAUUAAACGGUUAAACAUUCGGUUUUAUUAAUAACCGAAAUUCCUAACAGUAGAUUGGUCAGUAGAAAAAGAAUGCGGUUCUAUUUUGAAAAGAUCUCAAUAGUCCUAUGAAUGUGUAUAACACACAAAUGAGAAGUAUUUUUUCUCCCUAAGAUGAAUAAAUGGCAAUACAUUAUUUUUUA